AUGGGUGAUCCCGCCCAACCUGCCAGCGGCGAUGCCGUUGCUCCUCCGGCCGCUGGAGUCCGGGCUGAGCAAGACACAAAUCGAGGACACAUCGGAGACACAUACGAAGUGCCCACAUACGAAGCGCACUUGUCAUUCGCUGCCUUGAAAGACCGGAUACGGCAUCAUUAUGAGCUCGCCAGUGACUAUUAUUACUCGCUUUGGGGCCAACAUAUCCAUCACGCAUAUUUCCAAUCGGCAGAGGACACCAAGGAGACCGGGCAGGUCAACCUUAUCAACCUCAUGCUCUCGAUCUCCGAGGUGCAAGCAAACAGCACCGUUCUCGACGUCGGGUGCGGCAUCGGCGGCACGACUCGUCACCUAGCACGCGAGCUAGGCUGCUCCGUCACGGGUAUCACCAUUAGCGGGCGACAGGUUGCGAUCGCGAACCGCCUCACUGCGGAGGAAAGCGAGGCAAAUCCGACCCUGAUAUCAUCCGCCGCCCCUAAAUCGUCGAUCGGCUCAGACGACGACGAUACAGUAGCCUUUAUGGCUCUGGGUGCUAAGAAUGGCAAAGUGCGCUUCUUGGAGCUCGACGCCGAGAAGAUGGAGUCUCGCUUCAAGCCGGCCUCGUUCGAUGCCGUCUGGAUCUCCGAAGCCCUCAGUCAUUUCCCGGACAAGCCGCUGUUCUUCAGGAACGCCGCACGGGUGUUGAGGUCUGGAGGGGGGAAACUCGUCAUUGCUGACUGGUUCAAGGCGGACCAUGCCGCGUUGGCGGAGAUCCAGGGUGGCGAGGCUGAUAUUAAGUUGAUCGAAGACGGCAUGCUCCUCCCGCCAUUGAAAACCCAAGCCGAAUACGUCCAGCUCGCCGAAGCCGCUGGCCUGAUUGUCCUGCACGCGCCGAAAGACAUCAGCAACGACGUUGCGAAGACUUGGGAUAUCUCGUGGCAACUCAUCUCGUCGCCUUCGCUGUGGGCAUUCGCCAUUAGCCAAGGGCGCGACGGUCUCGCUUUCCUUCAGGCGUUCCGGGCGAUGAGGAGUGGCUAUGCUAGUGGUGCCUUUAGAUAUGCUGUUAUGGCGUUUGAGAAGAUGUGA